UAGAGAGCAAGGAUAGGAGCUAGCAAUAUACAGGUGAAUCUGUCUGUAUCAAAGUGACGGGGAGAUUUUGCGGUUUUAAAGAAUUUCCUCCCGGAUUUCAACGUACAAAGUCGGCCAGACUUCAUGAUAAAAUCCACUCUACAGAUUUUGAAGUUCACCGGAACUGGUUAGCAAUUACAUUCAGCAGACCCCUAGAACAAUGGUACUAUGAGAAAACUUCAGAAUGGACAUUAGAUUAUCCCCCUUUCUUUGCUUGGUUUGAAUAUUUCCUGGCCAAAGUGGCCUAUUACUUUGAUAAGGAAAUGCUGAGGGUGGACAAUCUGAAUUAUGCCAGUGAAGCUACAGUCCUUUUCCAGCGACUUUCUGUCAUUGUCACUGAUUUCAUCCUGGUGCUGGCCGUCAACAAAUUCUGUAAUUACAUGAAAAAUGCAUGGAGAGGAUCCAAAACUUCAGACAGCAGUAUGCUCACCAACAAAGCCUUUGUUCUCUCUUUUUUGGUUCUGUGUAACUUUGGCCUCCUGAUUGUGGAUCAUAUUCAUUUUCAAUACAAUGGCUUCAUGUUUGGAAUCCUUUUGUGGUCCAUUACCUGCUUGUUACAGAAUCAGAUUAUUUGGUCAGCUCUCUGGUUUUCAGUCCUGCUCAACUUUAAACACAUUUACCUGUACAUUGCACCUGCAUAUUUUGUCUAUCUCCUGAGACAUUACUGUUUUAAAUCAAAAGAUGGAAAGUUCCACUUGUCAUCAUUUUCACCAUUUCGCCUCUUUUCUCUUGGUUUUGUUGUCAUUUAUGUGUUUGCAUUAUCCUUAGGACCAUUUGUGUAUUUAAAACAAGUGCCACAAGUUCUGUCUCGGUUGUUCCCGUUUAAGCGAGGACUGUGUCAUGCCUACUGGGCCCCUAAUGUAUGGGCUCUUUAUAACUUUGUUGAUAAAAUUUUAACAAUAAUAGGGUCAAGGCUACAUCUGACAACUGGUGCCCCUUCUGCAGUGAUGACAGGAGGACUAGUACAAGAAUUCCAUCAUGUAGUUUUACCCUCAGUUCCACCAAUAGCUACACUUAUAGCAACUCUUCUCUCUAUUUUGCCAGUCAUGUAUUAUCUGUGGAACACCUCUAAAGGACCAGAAAGUUUUGUUCGAGCAGUUGUCUUGUGCGCUUUUGGAUCUUACUUAUUUGGCUGGCAUGUUCAUGAAAAAGCCAUUCUCAUCAUCUUAUUGCCAUUAUGUUUGUUAGUGUUGAACAAAAGAGAGGAUGCCUCGGUCUUUUUAUUACUCUCCACAACAGGCCAUUAUUCUUUGUUUCCAUUACUCUUCACACCAGCAGAAACCAUGACCAAGAUUCUUUUGAUGUUAGUGUAUUCUGUAUGUGCUUUUUCUAGUCUCGGAUAUAUUUACAAGUCCUCAUGGAGUUGGAGGUCCCUUCCUCUCCUGAAUUCUUUUGAAUCUUUGUACAUUAUUGGACUUAUUCCAUUGGAGCUGUGGAACAGUGCCAUAUUUCCUUUGUUUAGCUCCUCUGAAAAAUAUCCAUUUCUUCCUUUAAUGCUAAUUUCUGUGUAUUGUUCUGUGGGAAUUAUUUAUUCCUGGAUUAAGUUUUAUGUGAUAACUUUAUUGGACAAAAAAGUUAAAUCUCAAUAAAUGUCUAUAAACCAAG